UCGGAAGGGAAGUAGUUUGAUUCACUUAUCAUUUCGGUUUUAUUUAUUUAUUUAUUUUUAAUGUUGGAAAGAUUUUACCAUUUAUUUAACGAGAUAAGACUAUGGCUUUGUUUAGAAAUUGUCAAUACUUUUUAAAAGUAUUAUAACUUAUUGCAAUUCUCUGCCUCUUCUUUUGCUUGGUGAUGAAUUCUGAAGAGAGCAGACUUAGGACAUAUGCCCAUUGGCCAGAAAAUGCUCCUGUUGAUGCAAGAAGAAUUGCUGCAGCUGGUUUUUAUUACAUGGGUCAAGGAUUGGAAGUUCAAUGUUUCAGUUGUGGUGGAAGAAUAUCGGAAUGGAAUAUAGGUGACAGUGUUAUGUCAAAACACAGAGUAUUGGACCCAUUUUGUCCCUUUGUUCAAAAUCCUAUUUUGUCAGGUAAUAUACCACUUAUAAGUGAUCGUAGAAAUUCUCCUAACACUAGCCAGGAGAAUCAUUCAGUUUAUCAGAAUGAAAAGUCAAGACUUGAAACUUUUACAUCUUGGCCUAUUCGCAGCAUCGUUAGUCCAGAGCUCCUUGUAAAAUCAGGAUUUUAUUACACUCAAAUAAAAGAUAAGGUCCGCUGUGCCUAUUGUCAAGGAGUUGUAGAAAAAUGGGAAGUAGGUGAUGAUCCAGAUAUUGAACAUCGAAGGCUGUUUCCCAAUUGCUCUUUUAUACGAAAUAAAAUGCUAUCAGAUAUGAGAAUAGCACACCAGUCGGGCAUUAGUAUACGCAAUUCUGAAGUAGAUAGUAUUGAAGCAAGUUACGAAAGUCUGAAGGAACUAGGAGUCCAAGACCACAGAAUUCCGAGGCAUGGCAAGUUCUCAACUUAUGAUUCACGGUUAAACACUUUCAGCCAGUGGCCUCCCUCUUUGACUCAGAAACCUCACGAUUUAGCAGAAGCUGGGUUUUAUUUUACAGGAAGAGGUGAUCAAGUGAGGUGCUUCCACUGUGAUGGUGGAUUACGUCUUUGGGAAAGAGAAGAUGAUCCUUGGCUUGAGCAUGCUCGUUGGUUUCCUCAUUGUGGAUUUCUUCUUCUUAUUAAAGGCCAAGAAUUUGUAGAUGAAGCCCGGGCAGUAGGAGUUCAAAAUAUUGUGGGUUCUAAAUACAAUGAUGUAAAAACUAGAGGAGAUUCACCAGUUACAAGAAUUCAUUCAGUUACUGAACAGCAAUUGCAGGAUUUGAUGAAUACUCCAUUUGUAAUCGCUACUUUACAGAUGGGGAUUGAAGCAUCUCGUGUCAAGCAAGCUCUCAGACAGAGAAUGGAAUUAGUGGGCGUGCCAUUUUCUACUCCGGAAGCUCUGGUUGUAGCUGCCCUUGAAAUUCAAACAGAACAACUAGCAUCAGCAGAAGGAGAAACUUGGGCAACACCAUCUAAUUCACCAAUUCAUGAACAUUGGCGAAGAAGAGGCAGUAGUCCUAUCAGAGAUAAUCAUUCUUCUACUUCUGAUGAAGAAUCUGAAGAAGACACAGAAGAGCAACAGUGCUCUCAGCAACCUAAAGAAGCUGAAAUUCCUCCGUCAGUUGAGCCAACUCCUCCACAUGAAGAUUUUGUUUCUAAUACUCCUCAAGUGAAUUCGCCCUUGUCUCUUGAAGAAGAAAAUAGACGGUUAAGAGAAGCUCGGCUCUGUAAGAUCUGUAUGGAUUAUGAAGUUGGUGUUGUUUUUCUGCCAUGCCGACACUUGAUCACAUGUGUUAACUGUGCUCACAGCUUAGCUGAUUGUCCACUCUGCAGGCAGGCUAUCAAGGCUACCGUUAGGACCUUCUUAUCGUGAUUAUCUUUUUUCGUUAAAUACAUGUAAAUUAAUUGUUGUUUUAUAUUUUAAACAAUCUAGAAAGCAUUAGAAGUGAUCCUAUUUUAUUUUUAUUUUUUACAUGUACCUGUUGC